AUGGCUGAAGAUGGCAUAGAAACAGUUUACAAGACGCUACCUGAAACCAUUAACAACAGCCCUAAUGGCGGCAUUGUCAGCAACCUGUUGAGAAAGUCUAGUGGAUAUCGAGAAGGGAUGUAUCUUGGGAGUGGAUUAGAACAGAAAAUCCAAGAGCUUCGAGCGGAGAAGGAAGCUGGAGAAAUGACCAAAUGCCCUACCUCCAUGCAUAACGAUCAAGACAGUCCGAUUGACUUCUCAGUGAAGAGAAGGUCAUCAUUCUCAGGGAGCUUGACAGAUGAUUCUCAGGCCUCACUGUGCAGUCCAGGUAACGCCACUGACUAUAGUGUCAUGUCCCCGGCUGUAGACUCUGAGUCAGCGAACCACAGUGGUGACAUGAGCAAGCGGAAAUCGGGGAUCUUUUCUGGGAUGAGCAGUGAAGAUAUUGUGAAUCUAUACAAUCGUCAGCUUCAUAUUUUCAAAGAUAAGCAGUCAUCACUUCAAGAAGGAAGAAUUUCACCGUCUUCUUUUGUAUCAGUGUCAAAUAGAAAUAACAACAAUCAUCAAGAAACCAGAUCAUCGUCACAUGCUUACCCGUCCACUCCUAUCAGCACAUCUCCACCUCUAAUGAUGCCGGACCACAAGGUACAUAACGCUCCAACGACAAACUUUUCCAUCCCUGUCACCGCGGGGAGCGUCAACGCAACAAUCGUCUCCAGUACAUCGUCAUUUUCUCACUCGAAUUCUCGCAAGCGCCCUCGAUCUCUCCCCGAUGACCAAAAGGAUGCAGCUUACUGGGAACGCAGGCGCAAGAACAACGAUGCUGCUAAACGAUCUCGCGAUGCCCGGCGAGCCAAAGAAGACGAGAUCGCCAUUAGAGCAGCUCUUCUGGAACAGGAGAACAUCAAACUCAGGGUAGAAGUGGCUGCACUCAAAACAGAAACUGCAAGACUCAGGUGUUUACUUUAUAAUAACUAA